GGCGCGGCUGGCCCACAGUCCAUUGCCUGCCAGGGGCCAAGAGCUGCUCUGACCACCCAAAGGUUCUCCCUCCCAAUUCAAGUGCCUCCAACUGACCUCUGACUCCUGACCUCUGGCCCCACUUGCCCUUCCUAAGGGACCGGGAAGCCCACUGAAGUACCCCUGUAGACGUGGGUGCGGCCACCUGGCUCGCCCUGGCAGCUAAGGCCGUGCAGGGGGCUCGGCUCUGAGCCCCAGCUGGCGCGGCAUGGCCCGGCGGCUCCAGGAUGAGCUGGCCGCCUUCUUCUUCGAGUACGACACUCCCCGCAUGGUGCUCGUGCGCAACAAGAAGGUGGGCGUUGUCUUCCGGCUGAUCCAGCUCGUGGUCCUGGUCUACGUGGUCGGGUGGGUGUUUGUCUACGAGAAGGGCUACCAGACCUCCGGCGGCCUCAUCAGCAGCGUGUCUGUGAAACUCAAGGGCUUGGCGGUGACCCAGAUCCCUGGCCUCGGCCCUCAGGUCUGGGAUGUGGCCGACUACGUCUUCCCAGCCCAGGGGGACAGCUCCUUCGUGGUCAUGACUAAUUUCAUCGCGACCCCACGGCAGGCUCAGGGCUACUGCGCAGAGCACCCGGAAGGGGGUACCUGCAGGGACGACCGCAGUUGCAUUCCUGGGAAGGCAGAAAGGAAGGCCCAAGGGAUCCGCACGGGCAAGUGUGUGGCCUUCAACCAUACCGUGCAGACCUGCGAGAUCUUCGGCUGGUGUCCUGUGGAAGUGGACGAUGACAUCCCUCGCCCUGCCCUUCUCCGAGAGGCUGAGAACUUCACUCUCUUCAUCAAGAACAGCAUCAGCUUUCCACGCUUCAAGGUCAACAGGCGCAACCUGGUGGAGGAGGUGGAUGCCAACUACAUGAAGACCUGCCUCUUCCACAAGACCCUGCACCCUCUGUGCCCCGUCUUCAGGCUUGGCUAUGUGGUGCAAGAGUCAGGCCAGAAUUUUAGCACCCUGGCUGAGAAGGGCGGGGUGGUCGGCAUCACCAUCGACUGGAACUGCGACUUAGACUGGCACGUGAGACACUGCAAGCCCAUCUAUGAGUUCCACGGGCUGUAUGAAGAGAAAAGUCUGUCUAAAGGCUUCAACUUCAGGUUUGCCAGGCACUUUGUGGAGAAUGGGACCAACCACCGUCACCUCUUCAAGGUGUUUGGGAUUCGCUUUGACAUCCUGGUGGAUGGCAAGGCUGGGAAGUUUGACAUCAUCCCCACGAUGACCACGAUUGGCUCUGGGAUUGGCAUCUUCGGGGUGGCGACGGUUCUCUGUGACCUGUUGCUGCUCCACAUCCUGCCCAAGAGACACUACUACAAGCAGAAGAAGUUCAAGUACGCAGAGGACAUGGGGCCAGAGGAGGGUGAACGUGACCUUGCAGCCACCAGCUCCACCUUGGGCCUGCAGGAGAACAUGAAGACAUCUUGACCCUCGACCCCUGACUCCUGACUGGAUGCAGCAUGAGGCUUUAGACAGGGGCUUGGUGGGUCCUGGCCAGGGCAGAGGGGUCUCCCCACGAAGUCUCCUACCCUCUCAGUCAGGCAGAUGCCAGUUUGCCAGAGUUCAGGGUGGACACUGAGAGAGACCUGGGUAGUUCUGGGCUCUGGCUCCAGCUCCACAGUCCCCGAAGGGAGCCCCACCUGUGUGUCAGCCACCCCUGGUCUAGAAGGGCGGUGGGCAUGCAAAGCCCCUCUCACACACCUGUACCUCUCUCUCGGUCCUCCCUAGCUGUCCCAUUGCCUUUCCUGUCCCACUGCCUUUCCAGGUCUGGGCUUUCCAACAUGGGAGCCAUGAGUCACAGGUGCCUACUAAAAUUUAAAUGAACUAAAAUCGACUAAGACAAACAUUGAGCUCCUCAGCCAAUCUAGCCACGUUUCAGCUGCUCAGUAGAGACGUGGCUGUCUAGUCGCUGUGGUGCUGGGUAGUACAGGGUGUUUUCAUCACUGCGGGAAGUUCUGUUGGACAGCUCUGUAAGCCCUGUUUCUUACUGGCUUCCGGUUUCCCUGGGAGAUUAUCCACAGGGCAGUGCAGAGCUUUUUAUGAAUGGGAGGCUUCAGGGCUAGCCAUGUGAUCUGCGUGGAUAGGCCAUUUGGAAGACCUAAAUUUAAGAACUGCUGUUCUAGAACUUUCUGCUUCUAGGCUCUUGAUCAGGUGUCAGACGCAGCCCUGGGCCUGUGCCACCUGGCAGGUGUGUGCACAGAGCAGGGUCUCCAACACCCUCAGCAUGUAUACAGUGUGCUCACCCGCCGCCUGGUGUCUUAUGCACACACGCCCACAUGCACACGCACCACAUGCACCUCCAGCCAUUCCGAAUUUGAACCACUCUGGCCUGGUAAACACAACCACCUGAACACACCUCCACUCCCAAGCUCAGACACUUGGUCCAUGCCAUGUCACCUCCACGGGGAAUGCUUCUCCCAAAGCGUGUCAGGCCAGUUUGGCCCUUCUAGUCAUGACUCAGCUACCUCGGGUCGGGGUGGGGGCCCGAGCUGACUCAGGCUCCAUGCCUUGUGGCUCAGUCCCAGCUCCCAAGGCUUGUCUGGCUCUGUCUGAACACAGGGUCUGGGGAAAGUGAGGGUGGAGUGCAAUAAAAUGAAUGAGGACGGG